UCCCCCCAUCGCAGCCCCUCGGUGCCCCCCAUGGAAGCAUGAGGGAGAUGGUAGGGGGCUGCUGCGUUUGUUCGGACGAGAGGGGCUGGGCGGAGAACCCCCUGGUGUAUUGUGAUGGACACGCGUGUAGCGUUGCCGUGCACCAAGCUUGCUAUGGCAUCGUCCAGGUGCCCACCGGCCCCUGGUUCUGCAGGAAGUGUGAGUCUCAGGAGAGAGCCGCCAGGGUGAGGUGUGAAUUGUGCCCACACAAGGACGGAGCCCUGAAGAGGACGGACAAUGGAGGCUGGGCCCACGUGGUGUGUGCCCUCUACAUCCCCGAAGUGCAGUUUGCCAACGUCCUCACCAUGGAGCCCAUCGUGCUGCAGUACGUGCCCCACGACCGCUUCAACAAGACGUGCUACAUCUGCGAGGAGCAGGGCCGGGAGAGCAAGGCUGCGUCCGGGGCCUGUAUGACCUGUAAUCGCCACGGAUGCCGCCAGGCCUUCCACGUCACGUGCGCCCAGAUGGCCGGCCUGCUCUGCGAGGAGGAGGUGCUGGAGGUCGACAACGUCAAGUACUGCGGCUACUGCAAGUACCACUUCAGCAAGAUGAAGACAUCCAGGCACUCAGUAGGAGGAGGAGGAGGAGGAGGAGGAGGAACAGGCGGGCCCGGAGCCUUCAUCUCCGGCCGACGCAGCCGAUCGACCUCCCCGCCCCAGGAGAAGCACGGCUCCCAUCACGAGCGGCCAAAGAAGAGUCGGAAGGACAAGGAGAGGCUGAAACAGAAGCACAAGAAGCGGCCGGAAUCCCCCCCGGGCCUCCUCGCUCCUGCCGCGCCCAUCGGAGCCGUGGAGAAGGGCUCCUCCAGCCACCACGAGAGCCGGGAGUCGUCGGACCCCAGCAGCCGCGCCGACCCCAAGGGGAAAAAGUCUUCCGGCCACGGCCUCAGCCACAAGGGCAAGAAGCAGAGCGGCGGCAAGAGCGGGGCCGGCGGCUUUGGCUCCCCUCCCUCCGGUGGCCCUUUCCAGACCUCAGGCCCCUCCCUCCAGAGCUCCCCCGACUUCGCCCCAUUCCCCAAACUGGAGCAGCAGGAGGAGGACCUGUACCCCAAGGUGCCGUCUGCCCCGUGCUCCUCUUCCUCCUCCUCCUCCUCCUCCUCCUCCUCCUCUUCUUCCUCCUCCUCCUCCUGCGCCACCACCGCCUCGGCCCCCGCCACCACCCCCGCGGGCCACGGCUCCCCGCUGUCCGACAGCCCCAAGGGCGACGUCUUCGAGCAGAAGGUCGUCUUCUCCGGCUUCGGCUCCAUCCUGCGCUUCUCCACCACGGCCGUGGGCCCCCCCCGGCCCCGGGCCCCCUCCCCCGAGGGCCCCAAGUCCGGCGGGAGCGGGGGGCCGGGGCCCCCCAAGAGGAUGCCCGCGCUCAGCGCCGAGGACGGGGGCGCCGAGGCCUCCCAGGAGAAGAAGCACAAGGGCAGCAAGAAGAGCAGCAGGCACGGACCGGGCCGGCCCAAGGGCCGGCGCAACAAGGAGCCCCCCGGGCCCGCCGCCCAGCUGGCCGGCUUCACCGCCACGGCCGCCUCGCCCUUCUCCGGCGGGUCGCUGGUCAGCGCCAGCGUGGGCGGCUCCUCUGCCCGCCCCUUCGCCCACUCCGGGGCCCUGCCGAGCCUCAGCCUCGAGUCCCCGCUCCUGGGGGCAGGGAUCUACACGAGUAACAAGGACCCCAUCUCCCUCGGGAGCGGGGUGCUCCGGGCGGUCUGCAGCACCCCGCUCUCCUCCGGCCUCCUGGCCCACCAGAGCACCCCGGCCCUGCCCCAGCUCAGCCGCUCCCCGUUCGCCAGCAGCCUUCCGUCUUCCUCCGCCUCCAUCUCUACCACUCAGGUGUUCUCCCUGGCGGGCCCCACCUUCAGCCUGCCCACCUCCCACAUCUUCGGGACCCCCGUGGUGCCCGCCGCGCCCCUGCUCAGUCAGUCGGAGAGCAGCCGGCCAGAGCCUGACCUGGAGGACUGCAGUUUCGGGUGCCGGGGGACCUCUCCCCGGGAGAGCCUCUCCUCCAUCUGUGCCCGCUGCAGGUCUCCCAUCAGCAGCCUCCCCACGCUGUUCGACCAGACGGUGGCCUGCGGAGGAGGGGGCGGCGGGCGGCCCGACGCCGUGCCCCAGGCCACUCCCAACAUCGAGCAGCUCCUGGAAAAGCAGGGCAACGGGGAGGCUGGCGUCAACAUCGUGGAGCUGCUGAAGGCGCUGCACUCCCUGCAGAAGGAAAACCAGCAGCUCCAGGAGCAGAUCAUGACGCUGACGGCGAAGAAGGAGCGGCUGCAAGUCCUCAACGUCCAGCUGUCUGUGCCUUUCCCCGUGGUGCCUGCGGCCAACGUCCCUGCCCCUCCGGCGGCCCCCUACCUCCUGCCUCCCAGCGCCGGCAGCAACGAAUCGGGCGGCGCCAACAAGAGCCCCCCUGGCAAGAACCCCUUCGGGAUGGAGAAUGCUCUCUCCACGUCCUCAGAGGACCCCCAGUCGGCGUGCCCCAGCCGGAGCAGCUCGUCCCUGUCGUUCCACAGCACGCCCCCGCCUCUGCCUCUCCUCCAGCAGCCCCCCGGGUGCCCGCCCCCGCCGCAGAACGGGCUGGGCCGGGGCCUGGCGGGCCUGCUGGGCGCCGGGCCCACGGUGGAGGGCCUGCUGGGCAGCCUGGCCGGCGGGCAGCAGCUGCCCCUCAACGGCCUCUUGGGAAGCCUCAAUGGAGCGGCCCAGACCCCCGGUCCCAGCCUCGCCCAGACCACCGGGACCACCCCAGCCCUGCAACUCUCCAGCAGCCUCAACAGCCACCCCAGCCCCAACGCCCUGACGGAACAACAACGCCAGCUCCUGCAGCAGCACGAGCAGCAGCUCCAGCAGCUCCUGGUGUCCCCCCGGCUGAGCCCGGAGCACCAGACGGUCGUCUACCAGAUGAUCCAGCAGAUCCAGCAGAGGCGGGAUCUGCAGCGGCUCCAGAUGGGCAGCGGCCCCUCGCAGCUGCCCGUGACCGGCCUGCUGGCCGGGGCCGGCCCGCCGCUGCUGCCCGCCGCGGGCUCGCUGGUGGCCCCGGCCCUGGGCGCCGGGGGAGGCCUGGUGGGCCCGACGGCUGCGGCGGGAGGACCCCCGGUGCUCACGGCCCAGGCCCACCCCUUCCUGGGGCUCCCGGCUGCGGACGUCGGCGGCGGGCAGAAAGGAGCGACCAGCGCUGACAAGGUGGCUCCGGCCAACCAGGAGAAAGGCUAAGGCAGCCCCCCCGCCCCCCGCGUGCCCCCCGUCUCCCACCCCGUGGGGGAGAUGCGCAGGUCCAGAGCCUAGAAGAUGCCCGGCCGGGAGGCGGGCGACGCUGGGCGACACUUGGGCCCGGUCGCUGCAGGAGUUUUGAGCCGGGGGUCGGGGGAGGCGGCGGGGAGGGGAGUUCUAGCUCCGCGUGCUCCCGCCCUCCCUACCCACUUUUGUCCCCACCAGCCGAGGACUGCACAGAGUCCCUCUCGGUGCGGGGCAGGGGCCCCCCGGGACGUCCAGUCCGGACCCCGGUGGCCAGGGCGGUGCCAGGGGUUGCCCGCUUAAAGUGGACGUUGGCACUGGGGUGGUGGAGAGGGAAGGGGCCGGGAGUGGACCCUAUUCUGGAGGUCACCAGGAUAGCACUUGCGGGGAGGGGAGCCCGGGGGCUCCCAGCGCCCCCCGCCCCUCCUCCACAUCCUCCGAUUCCUCCUCGGCCCCCGUCCCCCGACGUCGGGCUCUGGAUGGGCAGAGAAAUUAGCGUCCAACGCAGGCCCGGCAGCCCUCCGGCCCGCCACGGGUCCUCCCCUCCCCUCCCCAAAAAGGCACCCCGACCCGUUUGCACUAUUGAAAGUCUGUGGGGAGGGAGGAGGGGGAGUCUCUCGGGACGGAGGGGUUAAAACGCACUCCAGCUUCGGCUAGCAUCAGCCCCGGGGACCGCGGGAAGGCCGAAGCAGGAGCAUUUCAAGCUCCCACCCCCGGCCCCCAGCCUCCACUCACGGCGGCGGUUCACCCCGACUCCGUGUGAUGGGGGGGGAGAUGUGGAGACCCCCCCAGUCACACCCAGAAGAGGAUGAGAGCAGGGGCGGCCUGCCACAGAGGGUCCCGGCCCCUGAAAGGCCCUGGCCAGGGAAGGACCAGCCUGUCGGCUCCCAGGCCUCUCACCUGGAGUACAGGCGGGCGAGUGACUGUUUGCAAGGCUGUCCUAAAGGGCUCCACCCCAACCCCAGCCUGUCAUCCUCCUCCCUGGAAGGUCCCUAAAAUGCCACUGGGGUGUGGGGGUCAGGGCGCUAAACUGGU